AAAUUUUAAGCAAAAAAAGAAAAACUAAUGAUUGCUAAAAACUAAAAAGAUAUUAACUAUUAUUGAAUAAAAAAUUAAGCAAAAGUGAAUUAUUUGUGCAACCUGCAUAAAAAGGAUUAUUACAAAAAAAACAAACACCAGGAUUAUUUCAAAAUAAAUAUUCUGCAGAAAACUAUAAACAAAAUACAAUAAAAAUGGAUAUUACACUAUUACCCUCGCCACCAGCCACACCACCAUUGUGUGAAAAUAAAAAUGAUAAUUGUCAUCCUGCUGCCUGCACACAAUUAGAUGAAAAACUAUUAAAAGCCAAGCUACAAUUGCAAUUGGAGCAUCAGCAAAUCAAAAACAAAACCUCCAACAGCACACAAAAUGGUAUUAUCACACCACAGCCCUCAGAUACAGAAGACGAUGGCCUGGAGUGUUGUGUACAGCCAGCCGCCAAGAAACAAAAAUUGGAUCUUUCUGCCGUCACACAUUACCACCAGCCCCAACAGAGAGCCAGUGUUAUAAUGCAUGUCAACAGUUCGGGCAUUUGCUCCACCUUAGAUGAAAAUUCCUGCUCCUCCACCAUUUCAACAAUAUCACAAACCCCCUCUAUAGCAUCAUCUACUUGCUCCUCCGUCUCUUCCUGCUCCUCCUCACUAGCAACAGCAUUGUCAUCAUCAUUAUACAACACAGAUGAUGAUAAUUCGCAAACAAAUGUUUGGCGUAGUUUGAAAUUUAAAAUGAAUCGCAAAAGAACCGCCACAGAGACCACGUCGGAAGCGUCUGAUUGUGAGUCGACGUUAUCGGAAACCUUGAAAACCCCCACAAACAUGCAAGUAUUAAAAGAAACCAAAGUUGACUAUAACGUCAAGCAAGAGGAGGAAGAGGAGAGGACAGCACAAGUGCAAAUAAUGCAGGUGCCUCAGUUUCGUUUUACUCUACCCGCCUGCACCACAGCCAAAGUAAAUAGCACUAAUGACUCCUCCAGCAGCUGCAAGAAGUAUCAAGUUAUAGCACCUAAAGCUAAUUUUGUGGGCGGAGAAACAAAUGCAACAAACACACUCAUGCCUCCUCAAUUUCUGCUGUUAAAUCCUAAUGUUUUACUACAAACAUUAACCACUUCACGCCCCGCCCUCACAGUGUCCUCAACAAAUCCUGCCUCUCAUUCAACCAGCCCCAAAACCUCCAAUUCAUCAUCUUCAACACCUGCAGUCGAACGUAAACGCAUUUAUGAAUGUAAUCAUCCAGAUUGUGGUAAAAACUAUUUCAAAUCCAGCCACUUAAAGGCCCAUCAAAGAGUGCAUACCGGCGAGAGGCCGUUCAUUUGUAAAUGGGAGAAUUGUGACAAACGUUUCUCACGUAGCGAUGAGUUGUCACGCCAUAAGCGCACCCAUACGGGAGAGAAAAAGUUUGUUUGCAGUGUGUGUGACAAGAAAUUUAUGCGCAGCGAUCAUUUGUCCAAGCAUGUCAAGAGGCAUGCUUCCAAACGUCAAGAUGUGGGUCGUCAAUUGGCUAAUAACACCAACAGCCCAUUAAGCAGCUUAAUGGAAGCGCCCAUGCUGCAACAUUUAAGACCCAUUGCUCCUGCCACCAGUGAAAAUACAGUACAAAAUUCCUCUCUAAACACACCGCAAAUAUCGCAGCUGCAAGUGCAAAUUUGUACAGCCACGGAUGUGCUAAAUUUCCAACAGAUGGCUAGCUUUGCUAAUCUAAUACCACAACCACCCACAGCUGUAACGCUGCAGCAGUAAAUUACAAAUAAAAUCUCAUUUCUAACUAGAAAACUAAAAACAAAACUCAAAAAAGAUUAGGCCCACAGAUUUAAAAUCUAGAAUUUCAAAUAUUUAAAAAAAAAAUGUCAUUCCACUAAAAAACCAGAAAAAACAAAUAACAAACUAAAGCCAAAUCAUACAGAUAUAAUUAACAGCUUAAUUAAAUUACAGAUUUUAUUACUCCCUCAAAAUCUUAAAAAAAAGGAAAAUAAUUUCAAUAUUUUUAAACAAAACUUAUUUUCCUUUAACCAAAUCUAUAAACAUUUUAACUAAUAUGGCUUUGCUAUAAAAAAUAUUUGUAUUAUUUAAAAAAUUUCCAUAACUAUUUCCUCUCAAAAGCCAUUUUAUAGCGUGUUAUUUUAUUAUUAUUUUUUUUUAUUAUCAAAUCAUUAUUGUUUAAUUUUUUUUUUAUUAAUUUUUAAACAAAUAUAUAAACUGUGAUAUUUAA